AUGUCUUUGUUUAGAUCUCUACAAAACCAACCUAGAAUCAUAACCUUGUUCACGCACGAUGUAGCAAGCAAACCCAGUACCCUAAUUAUGCAACAGCUCCGCGCUGGUUCUUCGACAAAGUAUGAGAUCGAGGUUCACACAAAGUUCCCCACGUUGGAUCAACUUAGUUACAUGAGCGGUAUCAAUAGCGCAGUGCUGCAGGCUCAAAUCCCGAACCUCACCAGUCUCAUGCUCAAAGAUAGUAGUUACAGCACGUUCAACAAAGACCUGAAAGAAUGCGUCAAGCUCAAGUCCUGGAAUCCGUCCUCAUCGAUAUGGGUUGAUUGGGAAAAACAGAAAAUGGGGAACGAUGCGAACAGCGUCAAAUCCUUACUCGAAAGUUUGUAA